UUGGGUUGUUGCAGUCUUUUGCCCCUGUGUUCGUUUGCUGUGUUCAAUGUAUACGAGUAUAUGGGAGGGAAACCGUACCUUUUAACGUUGUCUCAACUAUGUUUAACUGAUCAUUAGCUCCAGCCGUCCGUGUAUGUCCGACAUGAAGGAGCCGCCGGCCAGUCGGCCGGCUGAGGUGGACGAGUCGGACGAGCCGCAGGACGACUCGUCCAGCGUGUGCAGCACCUCGACGGCCGACGUCUCGUCGCGUGGCGACACGCCGACACAGCGGCGGCGGCGGCGGCGCGGCCGCAAGCCGGCGCCGGCCCACUGCAAGGUCGAGUACCGCUACUCGAGCCACGCGCGCGAGGAGCACGGCCAGCCGCUGUUCGGCGUGCAGUUCAACCCGCACCUCCGCGCCUCCGCCACGCAGGCCGUGGCCACGUGCGGCGGCCCACGCGUAUCAGUCUACGAGCUGGCCGACUCGUCCCUGAAGCUGGUCCAGUGCUACGCCGACCCGGACCCGGAGGAGAACUUCUACACGUGCGCCUGGAGCUACGAGGAGGCGAGCGGGCGGCCGCUGCUUGCGGCGGCCGGCGCGCGCGGCCUCAUCCGCGUCAUCAGCACCGUCACCAUGAGCUGCGUCCGCCACUUCAUCGGUCACGGCCACGCCGUGAACGAGGUCAAGUUCCACCCGCAGCAGCCGGCGCUGCUGCUCUCGGUCAGCAAGGACCACACGCUGCGGCUGUGGAACGUGGCCACGGGCGCUUGCGUCGCGAUACUGGGCGGCGUGGACGGCCACAGAGACGAGGCGCUCAGCGCGGACUUCAACUUGGCGGGCGACCAGGUGAUCUCCUGCGGCAUGGACCACUCGCUGAAGCUGUGGAACCUCUCCGACCCGGAGGUGGUGCGCGCCGCCGAGGCGUCCUACUCGUACGAGCCGAGCCGCGGCGGCGUCACGGCCGAAGUGCACUUCCCCGAGUUCUCCACGCGCGACAUCCACAGGAAUUACGUCGACUGCGUGCGCUGGUUCGGCAAGUUCGUCCUGUCCAAGUCAUGCGAGAACUCCAUCGUCUGCUGGAAGCCGGGCCUGCUCACCCAGGCCGGCGUCAAGCACACAGACACAAACGUCACGGUCAUCCACAUGUUCGACUACAAGGACUGCGACAUCUGGUUCAUGCGCUUCUCCAUGGACUUCUGGCAGCGGAUCCUGGCGCUGGGUAACCAGGUGGGCCGGACAUACGUCUGGGACCUGGCCGUCACGGACCCCACGCACUCGCGCUGCACCGUCCUCAGCCACCCCAAGUGCACGUCUGCCGUGCGGCAGACCUCGGUGUCGCCAGACGGCGCCACCAUUAUCUGCGUCUGCGACGACGCCACCGUAUGGCGCUGGGAUCGCGUAUAGGCGGCGCCACCUCCGCGAGAUGCGCGGGAUUGGGGCGUGUACAGAUGAUAGCUGGUGUGCGCAUUGAUGUGACUGCUGCGUACUUCAUUGCAUUGAACUCAUGUGAGUGUAUGGCAGGGGCAUCCUCAUGUUGGUAAAAGUGAGCUCAUCCAUGUUCUGUCACUUCAUCUCCCGUUUUUUUUUUUUGAAAAUUGGUUGUUGACAGUCAAAACGUUUUGUGGUCCUGCUAGUGAAGUGAUCGAUGGGCUCCUAUCGAUCGGGAAAGCACAUGCGAAUCAAUUAAGAUCUUUUGUAAUCGCUUUUCCGUAUCGUUUGUGGCGAGAUGCGUGCGAGCAAUUGAGGCCCUACCGUUCAUCUGUAAGGUAACGAUGUUCUCUCUUGUCGCCAUUGCACGUAGUGCUUAGCCACAAUAUACAUUUGAGAAUGUGA